AUGGACGUCUCUUCAAAGGGACUAACGAUGCCAUCUUUCCAGCGAAAAGGCAGCAAUAUCCUGAUUCGUCGUGCACAAUACUCGGAUAUCCCCUUCAUGGCAAACAUAGCGGCAGCCGAAUUUCGUGAUUCCGAUCUGAACAAAUUCCUCUGCCCAUAUCGCCAUCAGUAUCCCGACCAUUUCAACAGACGCUUCCUACAGAUGUUUCAAGCGCGACAUUUCGACCCUCGAUCAAUUGGCUUUGUAGCCGUGGAGCCUUCCAGCCCGCACAAGCCCGUAGCCUACAUACACUUGACCCGCUUUGGAGACGACGAGCAAGCGAGACGAUUGAUUGCGGCGCAGGACUCGCUCUGGCGGAGACUAUGCCAUCGGUUGCUUCAGCUUCGAACCAUGAUAGUAAACUAUCUCUGGCCUGAUCGGUCCACUGAUCACGAUGCGGCGCGCCAGUUUGACGAAUCGGCCAAGCGCGACAGUGAAAAGUAUUGGGGGUCUGAUGAGAUGAGGGCAAAGUAUGGGAAUCGCUGGCAUGUAAGGGGUCUAGUGGUCUCCUCAUCGCAUCAACGUAGAGGAGUUGGCCAGGCGCUCAUGGCGGAGGUUUUGCAGAGGGCGCAGCAAGAGGGUGUUGUAGUUGGAUUGGAGGCCAGUGGAGAUGGGGAGAAGCUCUACCGAUUGCUGGGAUUUGAGAUGCGAGGCCCAUUCUCUAUGAUUGUUGGACCACCAGUUGGGGGGUUUAUGAUGUGGACUCCUAAAUGA